AUGAAGUUUGAUUUGCACCAACACUUACAACAACGACGAAAAUCGUUUCCUCCUCAAAAAGACAUUGCAUCCACCAUGACAGCCACUACUUCUUGCAAAUCGUCGCAGUCGACCAACAACGUUUCAUCGGUCGACAUGGAUGCCAACAUUUGUCCGCUCACAGAAGAAAACCUGGCUAUACACGCUCGAAAUUUUCCUCCUUCCAAAGAUGCCAGACGUCGCAACUGUAGGCUGUUUGUAGAAAGCCAGAUGCCCGUAGUCGCAAUGGAGUUAAAAUUACAGCAGCAGCGUGAAAGAGAGAUUUCCAACUUGGAAGCGCAGCAGGAGCCCACAGCGAACAUCGAGCUUGCCAACCUAUUUCAUGAUCCCAACCAACCGCUGGAAGAGGAGAGAUCACAAAAAUCAAAAUGGCUUACUAAAUUAAAGCACUGGAUUCGUUUGGAUAGUGGUACCAAGCAGAAUAAAACACGCCACCUUUCAUGGUCAGCAGGUACUGAAAAGGAAGAUCAUAAGAUGGUAGACAAUGCAGCUUGUCAGAAGCGUGACUCUGGGAUAUCAAUCUUUAGCAACAGCAACCAUCAUGGCAAGCAACGACGACGCUCGUCUCCUAUUGCUGCGAUUCCUAUUACUCGACAACCCAAGUUUUCGCCAUCCAAUGAUCCAAAUGAAGGGCUGAUUACCUAUCAAUAUCCUCGAAUGCGUAGAAAGAGUAGCAUGAUCCAUGCUGCUGCUGUACCUACGACUCCUGUUGCUGUUCCUGUUACUAGUGACGAUAAGAACAACAAUCAUCAUGCAGUCGAAAAGUCAUCAACACCUGCUGUUCCUACUACUACUACUACUACUACUACUACUACCUGUCUUGAUUGCAGGGGAUCGCAACAAGAUUUAGUUAAGCUAAUUCAGCAGGGCACAGUAGUUUGA